AUGAUGGCAGGCAAUAACCAGCUUUGCAUUCGACGUUGGACUACCAAGAACGUGGCCAAGUGGCUGAAGGAAGAAGGCUUCUGUGAAUAUGUGGAUGUUUUGUGCAAUAGACACAGGCUAGAUGGAAUUACGCUGCUGACACUUACUGAGUAUGAUUUACGAUCCCCUCCUUUGGAAAUCAAAGUCCUGGGUGAUAUCAAAAGGUUAAUGUUGUCCAUACGCAAACUACAGAAGCAACAUGUUGAUGUCCUGGAAGAGCUGGGUUACAACAGCGACAGUCAUGUUGGCACAGUGUGCCCAACUGUUGGUUCACUACAGGGUACAGAUUGGUUUUGUAAUGGUGAAGUGCCACGGGACUAUGAUGGACCAAUUACUGACUUGAAUGGUGAUCAAUAUCAAUAUCAAUAUGCAAAUGGCAAAAACAAACAUUCUACCCGAAGACUGGACCCAGAGUAUUGGAAGACAGUUCUAAGUUGUGUGUAUGUCUUUAUAGUGUUUGGCUUUACAUCAUUCGUUAUGGUUAUAGUACAUGAGCGAGUACCUGACAUGCAAACAUAUCCACCUCUACCAGACAUAUUUCUAGAUAGUGUUCCUAGGAUACCAUGGGCUUUUGCUAUGACUGAAGUAUGUGGCGUAAUUCUUUGCUACAUUUGGCUAUUGGUUCUUCUGCUUCACAAACACAGAUCUAUACUUCUGCGAAGGCUGUGCAGCCUCAUGGGGACAGUAUUCUUAUUACGUUGCGUUACAAUGUUUGUUACCUCACUCUCUGUGCCAGGCCAGCACUUGCAGUGUACUGGAAAGUUGUAUGGCAGUGUUUGGGCAAAACUCCAGCGGGCAUUUGCAAUAUGGAGUGGCUUUGGAAUGACUCUGACUGGGGUACAUACAUGUGGAGAUUAUAUGUUCAGUGGCCACACCGUCGUCCUGACCAUGCUCAACUUCUUUGUUACAGAAUAUACACCAAGGAGCUGGAACUUCUUGCAUACCUUAUCCUGGGUCCUGAAUCUCUUUGGAAUCUUCUUCAUUUUGGCUGCACAUGAACAUUAUUCUAUAGAUGUCUUCAUUGCCUUUUACAUCACUACAAGACUCUUUUUGUAUUACCAUACAUUGGCUAAUACUAGAGCAUAUCAACAGAGUAGGAGAGCAAGGAUCUGGUUUCCAAUGUUUUCUUUUUUUGAAUGCAAUGUUAAUGGUACUGUUCCCAAUGAGUAUUGCUGGCCCUUUUCAAAACCUGCGAUACUGAAAAGAUUGAUUGGCUGA